AUGAAACCAUGCUGGAGAGAUACGAGAGAUGCCUCGCAGAAUCCCAAAACAUCUCUAGCCCACCUCCGCAGACUCGGCUCGAUUUCGACGAUCUACGCAUCUGGCGUACCUCAGACGCAAUUCGUUACGCCUUCGCGGCCACAAUUCUGCCAGGCUUUCGGUCCACCUCCUAAGUCGCCAUCAACCGGCUUAAACAAUCCGAGUUCGCAUCCAAGCGAGACGAGAGCUCAACCAACCGUUCCGCUCUCAACUCCACCUCCAGGGCCACCUGGUACCGAUUAUAUCGAUUCGGACUCUUCGCAAAGCAUGCAAGAGUCAACGAUUCAUACCGUCCCAUCUGCUCUAGCAAAUGAAGAGUUUGCCGCGAGACCCAACUUGAGAACUCCUAUCAUCGAGUAUAUUCAGCUCGGAGCUGUCCCCAACGAAAAGUGGGCAUCUCGCACGCUAAAAGCCGAAAACUCGCACCUAACGUGUGUACAAGCAAAGCCUAAUCGAACCAUACCUAACGUGUGUUCACGGCGAAGAAGCCUACACCGUAAUGCACAAGACUCACCAAGAACCUUUCGGAAGCCAUUACGCAGGCCGAGCUCUUGUCAUACAAAUCAAAAAGCUAGGCUACUUCUGGCCAACAAUUAUAGCGAAUUGACCUACGGUGUCAUCCGGAUCAAAGCAAUUCCAAUACCUACUAGUCCGUACGACUACUUCACUAAAUGGAUCAAGGCCAAAUCAUACCAACAAACAACCGAACUCGAGGUCCGAAAAUUCAUCUGGAAAGAUAUCAUCUGUCGACACGGGCUCCCAUUCAAGAUCGUGACAGAUAACGGAUCUCAGUUUAUAGAUCAGUCAAAACAUUCCAAGUGUCGAAAUCAACCUAAACAGCAUGAUUCGACCUCAAACUAA